AUGCUCAAGAUACUGCACGAGGAGUUCAACGUACUAUAUCAAUGUGAUCGUAUUGGGAAGAAGGCAUUGUUGCUCUCAAUACAAUGUCAACAAGUAGAUAGUGUCCAAUAUAUAUUUGAUCAAGCUCCAUUAUAUUGGGUUGAAGAGUGUUUCACAGAGUCUAAUGUGGACAUCAUGGCCAUCGCCACAUGUGGAAACAUAGACAUCAUCAAGUCUUUGUUUAACAAGUUGCACAUACAAACACUCUUCCUCUACGAGAAUCUUCUGAACAGUAUCAUUGAGCAAGCCCUAGCUCUUGGACAUGGAGAGGUCAUCAAGUACCUCUACACGCAUGUUGGCAACGUGACACUUUAUACAAGCAAUGAGAGUAGAAUAUGUCAGUCUCUAGGCAUUCCAUUUGUUGAAGGAUCAAAGACCGAUGUGCAUGUGGAUGUGGAUGUGAGGUCAAUUAACCUUGCAGUGACCAUGCCAUCAGUGGCCAUACUCAAUGAUGAAGUUGAACAUGUCAUGGAUACACACCUUCCUCAAUGUUUGAACAUUGUCCCAUCCCUCUGGGCGAUUGGUGUUCAAGACAGUAAUAUCACAGAGGACAUGGUACUCAGCUUCAUUGACAACUGUGUCGACAGUGGUACCACUACCAAUCAGAAUGAAGAUGCAAUGAGAUCACUGAUAUGGGCAAUCAGUCAUUCUAAGACAUCAGUCAUGGAGAGGAUACAAGUUAGAUACUCUUUGGAGUACACUAGAGAGUGCUUGAUCAAGGCCUUGGCAACAGACGACAUCAAGGUACUCUCAAUCAUACUUGGUAAUUCUCAGUUAUCACAAAGUAUUGGGACUUGGAACAAAGUAGAGUUGGAGGGCUUGCAGGCAGACAAACUGAUCACAAGGGCAAAAUUGGAUACAGUUAUAUUAGUUCUUGAUCACCUUCCAUCAUUGAGAAAGGACAUCAAUAUCUGUAUUUUGGCUCAAUACAACAAUGAUCAUCACGAUGUAUUCCAAUAUGUGAUCAAUCAGUUCACUAUGGAUGAGGUUGAUCAGACUAUCAAUCCAAUAAUCCAUUGUGCUUUUAAACUGGAUAGGCUUGAUGUAUUGAUCACAUUGGACCAGAUGUACAAGGAUCAUUCUAAAUCACUACUUAUACCAAUGGUCAAUAUCUUCACGCUUGUCAAUGCUACCCAACUCAACUCGUUCCAAACAUUGGAGUACUAUUUCAAAACAUCAGACUUUAACAAUCUUACCAAAGCUAUCAGAUUGGAAGUACUUUCUGCCAUCAACAUCAAGGCACUCCACGCUGGAAAAGUCCGUCUCCUUAAUCACACCAGGACGCUCAUCAAGGCCAUCCAAGCCAACAAGAAGAGGGAUCGUGAUGAGGAGACUAAUAUUCAACAAUAUCAAUAUCGAAAUGUGCUUGCUCCAAAGUUCUUGAAAGAUCUGUUCACUUGUAACAAUGAUGAUUGGAAGAAUGAAUUGGAUCAGUAUCUGGCCUACACUCUACAGAGACCACAGGACAUUGAGAUCAACAAUGAUCUGCUUUUAUUGAUACUAUAUCCAUCUAUUGUUCGAAGACUAAUAGAACUUGGAUUCAAGAUCACUCCUAUCACUACAAGGUCAUAUAAGGUGAAUAGAUGGAUUGGCAAACCUUGGUCACUGGAGAUGAUCAAGCUACUGUGCGAGGUGAAAGUUUUGAUUGCACCUGAAGAGUUUAUUGACAUCAUCUAUCAGGCGAUUAGCAGAAACGACGUUGAUGUAGCUCGGUUCAUUGUGGACACUAAACUUGACGAACUGAUUGCGACCGAUAAUUACAUGAGAAGUCGCAGCUACGCCAUUCUAAAAGCAUGUAUGAAUUCAAACUGCCCAGCCGACUUGGCUGAUAAGAUACUAUCACGUAUCCCGCUGGACUCUUUCCCAAGACCUGAUGAAUUUCUCAUGGAGGCCGCACGAACUGGAAACUUGGCAAUGUUCAUCAAUGUGCAUAAACUUAAUGAACGAGAAGGGGGCCAUUCACAACGAGCCUAUGCAGCAAUGGAAGCAGCACUUAAAUCAAAUAAUCACGUGGACUUGGUCAACUACAUCCUCCAGCUCAGCCAACCACAAGGCCCACAUGAUGAUGAUUUCAUUCUAAGGUAUAUCAAUCCCAAGAUUAUAUCAAUCGAGCUCAUUGAAAGAUUGAUUGAUCAUCCAUGUUUCUUUUGCUACUUUGACCAAAUGUUGGGCGAUGCCAUCGGCGCUGGCAAGAGAGAUGUGAUUGAAUACCUAAUGGACAACGAAUCAAUAUUCCAAACUGACUAUCGAUAUGCUUUUCAGCAGGCAUUGAAGGUGGGACAACCCUACCUCGACAUCAUUAGGAGGAUACUUCCAAAGUUCAUCCAACAUCAUCAAGACAAUGGACAGUAUUAUAAGGAUUCAUUUUUGGAGUUUGGAAUGAUGGCGGCCAAGAUCAGUGACGAUUUGUUUAUCGAGCUACUCCAAGUCAUCCUGCAGCCAGAGUCAACAACAAAGAAAACAAUAUGUUGUCUUGUUGAAGCUGCCGCUGGCAACUCACACGCACUUGUCAAACAUGUGAUUGAUAUGGUAGACUCACCUGUAUUUUAUAAAAUGGACCUCAGCAUCUUUAUAUCAGAUUGUGUCCAUUACCUCAAGAAUGCGAUUAUGGCUUGCAUCAAUAGAGAUGACACAGACUCAAUUGAAUGUGUGGUCACAUUGGCCACCAAGUUAUCAUCCACAAAUGAUUCCAAACCAAUUGAUCCUCAAACUCUUUUCCCUUUGAUGAUCACAAAUGACAAAUUGAGUAUAUUCCUGUUGGAAAAGGGAUACACCUCAAAUAAAUAA